AUGGUAGAUACGCAUCCAGGUAAACGGUUGAUUUUGUCCCCCAGCCGUCUAAUAUGCAUCGUUACUCUGACGGUUGCAUCAUUAUGCCGCCCGGCGGCAUCCGUCAUUAUAAGCCCUGUGCGACAGUGUGUUGAUCAGGGAGGGAAGCCAGUAACUGAAGGUGACUGCCAGUGGCGGUCUCAUACAAACAUCGAUGUUAAGGGUGGUGAGGAGAGUGUCAGCUAUGUUCUGCGCCGCAAGGACAAUCCCAAUAGCGGCCUGUAUAUUCACAUACAGACCUCCGAAACUGCAUUAAAUUAUGGGCUAGAAUAUGUUAUGGAUGUUCCACGUAUGUACCGCGAACACAACCGAAGUCUUACUUAUGGUCAAAUGCAAGGACAAUGUGAUAAUUGCGAUGCGAUUUCACUAGAUGCCUGUACAACUGAAGAUGACAUUCCCCCUCCACUAAAGGGCCAAUUCAAGAACAAGGUUUGCUGCAUUUGCAAUGUCAACGCACAUGAUGGAUCGGCCCGUGAAAAUUUUAGCUGUUCGGGCAUAUCUUCCUACUUUAUGUAUGGUAAAUGUGUGAGCAUGAGUUGUUUGGAGGCCGUGGGACCUUGGUAUUCUAUUUAUAAACCGGCCUACCCACCUGACAUAUAUCGGAGAAUAUUUGUGGACGUCUACGCAUUUGAUGGUGACGAUGGCGUGAUUCCAGAUGUUGCUACAAAGGGUUACCAUUUCAGUGAGAAUGAGGAAGAGAGACGUUACUUAAAAGAGCCCGUUUACAAAGACAACCACUACAAGUUCACAAUAUCUGCCAACGCACUGGCUUUUAAAAACGAGGAGCUGGACAUCAAAGUGACUCUUAUCAAACAACAGUGGUUGGAUGGUAAUGCUCCCCAGAAGCUUGAGAAAUAUGUCGCCGUGCCAACGUGGCCCGAGAGUGAUGAGACUGUACAGGGUAGCUCGCUGAAGUAUGAUUGUGAGCAAGCUUCCCGAGAAGAGCAUAUAUGUGAGCAUGGCCAAGAUGCACAGUGUCGUAUGGAAAGGUGCGCGCUUAAUGUCCGCGCCAUAGAAGCCGACGCCAUUGACACCACCGGAACGCAGUGCGACAAGAUCGGUGUUUCAAUGGGCACCUGGGGUAACGAAGGCCGACUCUGUAACACAAGUAAAAAUAGUUGCAUACAAAAUCAGCUGGGCUGGUAUCUUGAUGAGAAGGGCGACAAGGCACGGUUACCCAAAUUAUACGGUGCACAACCUAUGUUGGCACACAAGAGGGUUGCUCCCCCGGCAAAACCUCUCGCUUCAAGUAAAGCAGCGGCUCCGGGCCCCAAGACUGCACUUAAACUAACCAUAUCCGAAGAAGAAGAAGAAGAUGACGAAGAUGACGAAGAUGACGACGACGAUGAAAUUUCUGAGUGGCAUGAUGAUACCGUUUCUCAUGCCAUCGCCUAUUCCGUGGGUGCAGCCGAUACAUCUCGUAUCGAAAUAGACACCUUUGAGGCCACUGUAACGCUUAUUAUUGCUGAAGCCGUAGGAUUUAUUGUCAGCGCAAAGGUUGAUGGAACAUGUGCGAUUGCAAGCGAUUCUAUCUGCAGAAUAAUGAUUGUUACCAAGAAUGUAGGGGAAAUACGCGCAUCCUUCAGUCACCGUAUCCAUUGCUACGACGCUGAUGGUCUUAGUCAGACUGAAGUGGCGUCAGCAGCCGAGCAUAGCGUCUCUGUGGAUCCUAAUAGUACAGCAUCUUCUGCGAUUCCUCUAAACAUAUUGGCAAGUGGAAAUUCGGAUAAGAUCAAUUGCAACAUCGAUUUGUUUUCUUCUACUGUAACCCUUCUUGAGACAGUAACUAUACAAGUGACUCUUUCUGGGCCAGUCGCAACAAUGGGAAUGGACGUUCGGUCGUACGACAGCAUAACUGAUACUUCACAGGAGAAUCACACUGUGAAAGUUGACGAUAUCCCAGUGAGCAAUCAAUGCAACUGUACUGGUUUUGCUGUAGCAUGUUUCUUUGGUAAUUUCAAGAGUUGUAUGGGCUACGCAUUCAACAAAUACUACACCUGGUUUGUGGUUGGUAUAUCAGCUAUCAGCGUCGUCGUCCUCUUACCUGUUCUGAUCCCACUUGGCAGUUUGAUUAUAAACAGAAUCAGUGCGAGUAUAGCUCGCUCUCGCAUUGCCGCUCAACAACGGCGUCAACUUUUGGCGGAGCGUUCAACGCACCUAUCAAAUGACGUGUAA